AAAGUCUGAUCCGUUCAGUUAUUCGACCGAUGAUUGGUUCAAUUCGACCCGCGUUGUGACACACCCAUUAAGUUCUUCAGAUCAGCCGAUGGCUUGCUGCGAGCAAACUUGAUCUCCCACGCAUCCCUAAGCUCACCGAUACUAGUAUGGCCAAGGCCGUGACAUCUGGCGGCGGCGGCGGUGUUGUGCAGCCUCCAUCCUCCGCGCCAGCUGCCAUGUACAGACCAACCAACAAGCAUUACCAACAUGUCGUCGACGUCGUUCGCACCAGCAGCACGAGCUUCAUUGCGCUCACCCCCACCAACGUGGUAGCGGACAAACAACCCAUUAGGUCCAAGCUUGCGCCGGCGUCGAUGCGAUCUCAAUCCCUUCCAGCCUCGUCGGCCGAACGAAGCAAAAUAUCGCCCAAGAACUCGUUCAUAUCUUCCAUGGACAUUGAAGAUUGGUUCAUCGCGCCGACGUACGUGUGCUCAAUGCAUUCGAACAAGGACGGGCUCACGGAAAGCUAUCGCCAAGCGCUUCUUCCAAAAGACGAAGUGAUUCAGGUCGUGGUCAAGCAAAUCAAGCACCCGAGCUACUCGUACAUCACGCCGCUCACGUUUGUCAUCUCCCUCCACCACAUGACCCACGAAUUUAAAAUGGACUACUCCGAAUACCGCAAGUUUGUCCGUGCGAUGGUUGCGACGCCAGUGUUUCAAGCGCCGAUCCGCAACCUGUACGUGUCCAAGAUGCUCGAAGAUUCGUUCGUUGGCGCCGUGCGUCGCGCGCUGGGCUCGGUCGAGUACUUGUCCAAGGAACUCGCGGGAGCCUUGAACGACCUGGUCCAACUCCCGCAACUGGCAGCCCACCCGUCGUUCCUCAAGCUGUGCCACAUCGACUCGUUCCGCGCCAUCUACGAAGUCCUCGUGCACGGAUCGUCCGACACGGGUACGUGGGAGCUUCCGGCCGCCCACCGCAAAGACGCACCCACCCCCGUGCCUAUCGACGACGACGACGACGAAGGCGACAACAGCUCCAACUCGACCGAGCCCACGUCGCUCGACGGGUCCCACGACUGCCUCUGUGCACUCUUCGCCUACGCCACGACGCUGUUUGCAAGCCACAUUGCCCGCGACGCCGUGGCCCCCGCCGCGCCGCCCGUCGACGACAUCCCGCACCACCUUCAUCCUCAAAGCAACGACGGCACCACCGCCGACGCCCUGCCGUCGGUGGAAAAGGUGCUAUGUCUAGAUCUCAUGCAGUCGCGGUCCCUGCUCGUUUACUACACUGACACGCUGUACACGCUCGACAAAUCGCAGUUCAACGCGGGUCACCAGUACCAAAAGUGCAUUGUGAGUGGGUUUGGGUGCAAAGUGCUGUUUCACAUUGCCCGGGUUACCAAGACCGAGUGGACGCUGGUGGACGUGCGGCGCCCCAAGACGCCCCUGCUGUCCCUCCGCCUGCAGAAACAGAGUGGACACAAGCCCACCGUGGCCAUGUACCGGUCCCUCGUGCGCGGCCAAGAGUGCAUCGGCGUGCUGCACAAGGAUCGACGAGGGUACGAGUUCCAACUGCUCGGCGAACUGCUCACCCAAGGCAAAAUCACGACGUCCAUGUCGAUCGUGUCGGCGCUGUUGAACCACAAGUACCGCCAUAACAUCCUCUGCAGCGUCGCCGGCGGCGGGAAACCUCGAAAGGAAGACUCGGUGACGACGAAUGGCGGCGCCAGCACUGGCUCGGCGGCCGCGUCGCCGUCGUUGCUUACCACUGGAGCCAUCAGUGUGCCGCAAGUGAACAUGUCCAAGCAGCGCCUGCAUGUGAGCGACGGCGCCGACGUCCUACUCCACCUCGGCCUCUCCGCGUCCUUCGACAUCCUCAUGAGUGCGCGGCCGCUGUUCCAACGGUCCGAGUAUAUCUAUUAAUGACAACAACAAAGCAACCAACCAAAUGUCCUCGUGGUGAAUGUACUAGUAGUAGUAGUAGUCCUCGAUUCUAACUAGUACUACUACUACACGACGUUAGUUGGCCACGAGUUUGUACAGGUCCGUGCGCUUUUGCACCGUCGUGGGAAUGUUGCGACGCAUCUCGUCCACUUGGUCAAUGUCAAUGUCGGCAUACACGAUCGCUUCGUCGUGCGACGUCGUGGCCACCACUUCACCCCACGGGGAAACCACGGACGAAUGACCCCACGCUUGGUACCCGCCUUCGGGGCCGCGCGCGGGCGACGUCGCGGCAACGUACAACUGGCCGUCCACCUAGCCAUCAUGACGUAAGAUGGGAUCGCGCGACCGACGUGACACGUACCGCACGAGCGCGCUGGAGCAAUUCCCAGUGCGCCGGACCCGUCGUGAGGUUGAACGCGCCAGGAAACAUGAGGAAUUUCGCGCCCGCAUCCUUCAUGAGCAUCGCGAGCUCGGGAAAACGAAUGUCGUAGCAGAUGCCGACCCCAAACUUGCACCAGGGCGUGUCGAACACCGUCACUUGACUGCCGCCCGUCAACGUGUCCGACUCCUUGAACGUGAUCUUGCCUGGGACGUCGAUGUCGAACAAAUGUACCUUGCGGUGCUUGGUGAUCAACGAUCCAUCCGGUCCCGCGAUCACGCACGUGUUGUAGAUCUUGCCGUUGUCGCGUUCGGGAAUGCUGCCUCCGACCAAGAAUAUGUUGAGUUUCUUCGCCAACGACAGGAUGAGAUGGGUGGAGGGAUGGUCCGCUUCCGUCACGAGGGGGCCAGCCGGAAUCUCCUCGGCAUAUUGCGGGAACGACGACGUCGCGUACGGAGAGUUCCAGCAUUCCGGGAGGGACACCACUUGCGCACCGUUGCGCGCCGCUUCUUCCACGGCCGCCUUCGCGCGUUGGAUGUUGACGGGCUUCUUGUCGCCCACCGCCAGUUGGCACAGCGCCACCUUGAAUUUGCUUGUCGCCCGGCUCAUCGAAAUCAAAAAUGACAGCGAUUGGGUCGUUCCGGAAUAAAAUAGUGGACGAAUUGUAUCAAGCGCUUUCUCAAAACAAUGCGCGGAAUUCGAAAGAAGUACCUACCCGCCUAUCUGGACGAAUUUAUGUGGCGCAUUUGGUUUUCCCCACCGCAAGCGGACGAAAAGAUGUUUUUCACCGGCUUAGUUCACGCAC